AUGGCAAAAGCUAUCCAAGAAGUUGUAAACGGAGCGAUAAGGUUCAAAACUGCAGCUAAAUCAUACAAUGUUCCUCGAUCAACAUUGCAACGCCGAAUUAAAGCUUUUAAAUGGAAUGAAAUUUGGCGAAAUGAAGAAACGAAACUACAUAAACAUCGAGUAAAUACUUGGGACGAAAGACCCCAAUUCCAAUCAAGAGAGGACCAAUGCUCACUAACAAAACUAAGAAUCGGACACACAACUUUUUCUCAUGGUUACCUUCUCAACAAAGAAGACCCAAAAAGUUGUCCAGCAUGCAUUGAAAGAGCCUCAGUUUAG